AGUUACAGCCAGCCGCGGUGCUGUUUCUAACCGGCCACCUCUACCCUCCUUUCUGCCGGGAGCUUCUUCCUUCUUGGAUUCUGGUCUGGUCCUGUUUCAUUAAUAAGUCUUGUCUUCUCUCCGAGCCGUCCGAUCAGCCGUCACCAAACAAUCCCUUCCCGAAACCUCGGCACAUCCACCUGAAAAGGUGUUUGACUUUUGAUCUUGCUCUGUUUUGAUCGCCAUUCUUUCAGUUUCACUUGCUGGUGCAAAACCAAACCCCCAUGCGGGUUUUGUUGAACCAUUAAAACAUAACAUAAACCAACAUGCAUCUCAACGCCCUUCUCCCGCUCGCUCUCCUCCCCCUUUCCACAUCCGCCGAGCCCAUCAGGAUACCGCGGAACGAUGAACUAGCAAUCAGCGCCCGCGCGCGCCCCGACGCGCCGAACGGUUAUGCCCCGGCCCAGGUGGAGUGCCCGAAGGAAAAGCCCACGAUCCGGCGCGCCAACACGCUCUCCAAGAGCGAGACCGACUGGCUGGCAAAGCGCCGCCCGCUCACUGUCGAUCCCAUGAUCGAGUUCCUGAAGCGGGCCAACAUCGAAGGCUUCGACGCCGAGGCCUACAUCAACAGGGUCGCCGAGGACGUCAAGGACCUGCCCAACAUCGGCAUCGCCGUCUCCGGCGGCGGCUACCGCGCCCUGAUGAACGGCGCCGGUUUCAUCUCCGCUGCUGACAGCCGCACCCCCGGCUCCACCGACAAGGGCGGCAUCGGCGGUCUCCUCCAGGCCAGCACGUAUCUGUCUGGUCUGUCCGGCGGCGGCUGGCUGGUCAGCAGUAUCUAUGCCAACAACUUCACCACCGUCGAGAAGCUGCGGCAGGGCAGGGAGGACAGCAGCAUCUGGCGGUUCGACAACUCCAUCUUCACGGGGCCCGACUUGUCCGGCAUCUUCGACGCCGCCAGGUACUGGGCCAAGGUCGCCGGCCAGGUGAGCGACAAGGACGACGCCGGGUUCGAGACGUCCAUCACCGACUACUGGGGCCGGGCGCUGGCCUGGCAGCUGAUCGACGCGCCCGAGGGCGGGCCGGGGUACACCUUCUCGAGCAUCGCCGACGACGACGAGUUCUCCAACGCGCGCGCGCCCUUCCCGAUCCUGGUCGCCGACGGCCGGCACCCCGGCGAGAAGAUCAUCUCGCUCAACGCGACCGUGUACGAGUUCAACCCGUUCGAGAUGGGCUCCUGGGACCCGACCACCUUCGGCUUCGCGCCCAUGCGCUACCUGGCCUCCAACUUCUCCAACGGCGUCGUGCCCCGCGACGGCAAGUGCGUGCGCGGCUUCGACUCGCUCAGCUACAUCUUCGGCACCAGCAGCUCCCUCUUCAACGCCUUCCUCCUCCAGAACAUCACCAGCGUCGAAGGCGUCCCCGACUUCCUCAUCGAGGCCGGCACCUCGCUCCUGCAGGGGCUGGACGCCGACCGCAACGACAUCGCGCAGUACGUGCCGAACCCCUUUUUGGGGUGGAACAAAGACAACAACCCAACCGCCGAGACCUCGGAACUCGAUCUGGUCGACGGCGGCAUGGACCUGCAAAACAUCCCCCUCCACCCGCUGAUCCAACCCUUCCGCUCCGUCGACGUCAUCUUCGCCGUCGACUCCUCCGCCGACACGACCUACGCGUGGCCCAACGGCACAGCCAUGCGGGCCAGCUUCGACCGCGUGGGCGGCGCCAUCGCCAACGGCACGCUCUUCCCCUCCGUGCCCGACGACAAGACCUUCCUCGCGCAGGGGCUCAACAGCCGCCCGACCUUCUUCGGCUGCGACGUCGCCAACUUCACCGUCUCCUCCAACCAGUCCCCCCCACCCUUGAUCGUCUACGUCCCCAACGCGCCCUACACCGCCAUGUCCAACGUCACCACCUUCACCCCGUCCUACCCGCUCCCGCAGCGCGACGGCAUCAUCCGCAACGGGUACGACGCGGCGACGCAGGGCAACGGCACGCUGGACGCGCAGUGGCAGGCGUGCGUGGCGUGCGCCGUCAUGAGCCGCAGCUGGGCGCGCACCGGCACCGACGUCCCCGCCGCGUGCGCGUCGUGCUUUGAUCGCUACUGCUGGAACGGCACGACGGCCGGGGCGGAUGUGGCGAUUGCUUCUGGUGGGGGUGGUGCCGAGUAUGACCCUACCUUCAAGAUCGGGAACGGGAACCCGGAUGAUGAGUCGGCUGGUGUGAAGGUGGACGUGGGGAGGUCCGCGUGGGCGCUGAUGGUUGGCUUGGUUGCCGCGGUGGCUGUCUUGUGAGGGGGUAAAGUGGUGGAUACCUAUUCAAGGGGCGGGCUCUUUCUUUUCUUUUUUUUUGGUUUGGUUGUUGCAUGUAGUAGUAUCUUGUAAGGUCGAGCAUGGGGUAGAAUGAUACCAUUAGGGGAGUUGCAUUUAGGCUUUCCGAUUUUAUUUUUGUCGUAUUGUUCACCGUUUAGAAGGGGAGAUGACUGAGAUCACAGUAAGACGGCUGAAAUGGUUUAAAACUCUACUCGUAUCACACACCAACCA